GCAAUGCAGCUCCUCACCCUCCUCCCCCUGCUCCUAAGCCUCUGCCCCUCCUCACAGGGGCGCAACCUCCCCCCGCCCGGGCCGCCGUCUCACCCAGCGGUGUACAUCGACUUCGACGGGACGAUCGCGAUUAGCGAAGCAUUCGAGAACCUCGCGACGACGGCGUACCUCUCCGUCUCCUCCAGCUCCGGGAUCCCUCCCUGGUCUCAUUUCGGCGACCUCUACAUGGCCGACUACUACGCGGCGAUUGGGCACCUGCCGAAGCCGACCACAAUCUUGGAGGAGCUGCACCUGCAGGCGCUGCCGAACCUGACGAGGGCGGAGAGGGAUUCGUUUCACCGCGUCAAGGAGAGUGGCGUGUUUGAUAGCGCGAGCGAGAUGGCGCUGCGCGAGGAGGCGGCGACCGUAAAGGUUAGGCCCGGGUUUUGGGAGUUUGUGGCUGAGGCGGAGAAGCGUGGGGUGAGGGUUAGUGUCCUCUCGAGGAACUGGUCGGUUCGGUGGAUCCGCACGGUGCUGCGCGAGUCGGUGGGCGCCGGGAAGCUGGCGGAACGGCUAUACAUCUAUUGUCCCGAGAUCCUGCCCGACGGUGUGCUCGCGGCGAACCCGAGGGAUCGCCCGGUCGAUGUGUUCUCUGGGGAUGAUAAGAGGGAGGUUAUGAAGCGGGAGCGCAGGGGCAGGGAGGAGAUCGUGUUCAUUGGCGAUGAUAACAGCGAUUUGGCGCCGAUCCUGCAGUACCCCACUGUCGUCGGUGUGGUGGCC